ACCAAAAUGUCAAAAGAUUACGACUACAGCGCUGAUGUAAACAAACAUUCGAUUUUUAGCUAAAUUAUUAAUAAUUUCAACUUGCAAUGGAGGAAGGAAAUUCAAUAAUAUAUGGUUUAGAGCACCAGACAAGAGCUUUGUCCCCUCAAUACGGAGAGAGUGAUGCAAUCAGGUUUCUAAUAGGCACACAAAGCCUAAAGCCUAAUUCCAAUCAAAUACAUGUUGUGGAAUUGGAGGAGGAUACUGGAGCCUUGCAUACAAAGGUGUUUAAACAUGACAUCGGUGAAGUCUGGCAUCUCCGUUGCUCUCCCCAUGAUGCGGCCACUCUCCUCACCACGCACAACUCUUAUGAUCCUGCUACUUCACAGUGCACCAUGGGAGUAUCCAUAUUCAAACUCCCAACGGUUGAGGUAAUACCGAAAGAUCUGGAUGAUCUGAGCGCCAUACAAAGCAGGAAUGCUGAAGAUAUGGAACUGCUCCUAACCAUCAAACCAGAGAAACCUGAAGAAGAGAUACGUUGCGCAGAAUGGCACCCGACGGACGCGAGUAGGGUGGGCGUGGUCUGUGAGGGCGGAGUCCGAGUGCAUGACGUCACGGGCGGCGCCGCCAUCAGCCGGGCGGCUGCGUCCGCCAGACUCAAGUUCACUGGCGGCAAAUGGAACCCACAUCAAGGACAUACGCAGUUCGCAGUGCUACAGGACACGCAUAUAAAAUGUUACGACACUCGGUCCGACUGCACGAAACCAUCGUGGAGUAUCGACAACGCGCAUACACAACUUGCGAGGGAUCUCGAUUUUAAUCCUAACAGACAGUUUCACUUAGCCAGCGCGGGUGACGACGCAGCUCUCAAAAUAUGGGAUUAUAGGAACGGAAAGGAACCUAUCUUCAGCAGAACCGAUCAUUCACAUUGGGUAUGGACAGUCCGCUACAACACAUUCCACGAGCAGUUGUUGUUGUCAGGCAGUUCCGACGCGCGCGCACUGCUCACUGCCGCCGCCAGUGUAUGCUGCGACCUCGAUGAUGACGGCAAACGGCUCAGCCAAGUUCUAGAAGACGGAGUACUACAAUCGUAUGAGCAACACGAGGACUCAGUAUACUGUGCAGAGUGGAGCGCCGCGGAGCCCUGGACCUUCGCCUCCCUGAGCUACGACGCCCGGCUUGUACUCUCGCGAGUCCCCAGACAUUUCAAAUACAAAAUAUUGUUGUAAACUCACAAUUAACAAUGAAAUCUAGUAUACUUUUAGUUAUAUACAAGGUGUUAUGAAGUAAAUAGAAAUGCCAUCAUUUAUUUUUUGCGAGUGUCCCCAAUUAUUAUAAUGAUGCUGUAAUAACUAAAAAUCACGGGUUACUCAC